AUGGAAUCUAUCCGCUGUGAGGAUUAUCCUCCUGAACAGAUCUGCAUGAAACCCAAUCAGCCUGUCUCUGAAGACACUGGUUCUAGUGUUGGAGAAGAGGGCACUGUGCUGGGUGAUGGCUGUGAGGUGAAGCCUUGCAGGAAAGUGGCUGUGAUUCAAUGCUGUACAGUAACCUUGGCUUCUGUUUCCUGCGCUUCUAAAGCAGAUCUAGGAAGACGCACCUCCACUCCAGCACCCCAGAGCAAAAUCCCUUCUGAUGGGAAACUGCAGCGUAAGCAGAAACACAGAGAGUCGACACCCCAAGAUGAAUAUGUGAAGAAACUGAGAACUCGCUCGGUUCAGAAUCUUUCUGCACAAGAUAGCCGACCACUUCCUGUGGGAUAUACAGCGACUCCACAUCCCGACAGUUCUGCAACCCAGGGCAACUUAAUUUCCCUACAAACUCCCCAGCAGAUUUCUUCAGAGCAGAUCUUGUAUCACUGUCCUGAAUGUGUCACCAAUUUCAGUGACCGGGGAAAGCUGAAAAUACACCAGUGUAGUCACACGGAGGAGAAACCGUUUCACUGUUCAGAGUGUGGGAAGAGUUUUACUCGGAAAAGCAGACUUCAGUUACACCAGCGAAUUCAUAAGGCAGAGAAACUGUACGUGUGUCCACUAUGUGGGAGGAGUUUCAAUCGGAAAGACAACCUGAAAAUGCACCACACAAAAAUCCACACGGGAGAGAAACCAUACGAGUGUCCUGACUGUGGGAGGCGUUUUAAUCAGAAAUGUAACCUCCAAACACACCAGCGAAUUCACACAGGAGAGAAACCGUUUCACUGUGCUGAUUGUGGGAGGAGUUUUAAUCGGAAAGGUGACCUUCAAAGACACCAGCUAACUCACAGUACAGAUAAACCGUUUCAGUGUGCUGAUUGUGGGAAAGGUUUUAAUCGUAAAUAUAGACUUCAAGCACACCAGCGAAUUCACACGGGAGAGAAAACGUAUGUGAGUCCUGUAAGUGGAAGGAGUUUCAAUCGGAAAGACAACCUCAGAACACAGCACAUAACCCACACGGGAGAGAAACCUUUUGAGUGUAGUGAGUGUGGGAAGAGAUUUCUAGAGUCAAAAAAACUAAAGAAACACAGUCUAGUUCACAGAGAUGUUGUCAGGUAGGACACUUACAAAAAAAAAAACAAUUCAGUUUACUCAAUGAAAGCAUCUCAAUCACACCAGAAUACCAAAGCAGACCCUGCGUCUCUCUCGUCGGUUUCAAAUGCAGGGAGCUGUGAAAAUAAACUAAUUCAACUCAAAAAAUCCCAAGCCUGCUGUUUAUGCAAAUGAUUGUAGCCCUGUUUCCUACAGCAGUGCUUCUGAAACUGGGGAGGCACAGAAUGUAUCCUGGGGGGGGGGGGGGGGUGAGAAAGCUCAUGCAAACAUGUGUAGAAAUGAACGCGCACAUCUUAACCAGUAUAUAUAUUAAAACAAAUGCUACUGCUGACACCUCCUGCCACACGAAGUACCGCAGACGAGAGGAAGGAUCCCAGGGUGUCAGCUUCAACAACAUCACUGGGGAGUGGCUUCCAGACCCUCACAAUUCUCUGUAAAAAAAAAAAUUGCCUCCUAUUUUAUUUACAAUUUGGUGCAUAUUUCCAAUGACAGAUGUUAGAACAUCAGUAGAUACACCACAACCCUGCAGUUUUGCAAUUACAGACGCACACAUUUCCUGGGUGAGAUCCUUCGUCACGUAGCAGCUUUGUGAAGUUCCCGGUGAUUCUAAAGAAAAAUCAUUCAAGUCGCUUUGCCGGUCAGAGAUACUUACAUCUAUCAUUGGAAAUAUGGAGGAACUUGUGCAUGAAUUGCAUUCAGAUAUAAAAGAUGAUGUAAUGGGCUUCGUAUCUUCUCACGACACCAUCAGAUCUAAGAUGGAGAAAAGCUUUGACAGCUUUGAAGAUCAAUUUAGAAACUUUAAUACUGAAGCUAAAUGGAAAAAACAUUUCAGUGAAAAAUGGGGUGUAUUUGUAUUUUGAUUUUAAGUUCUAUAGUUUUAGAAUUGAAAUAAGUAUUGUGGCACUUUGAGGGCUGGUUAUGCAAUGGGAAUUUCUAUAAAUAUGGAGAUAUAAAGGAAGAUGUAAAUAUCACUCCUUCCACAGAAGGUGCAGGUUUGUCACUGCUUCCAUUGAAUUGAGGAGAUUUAGAAAUCGCAGCCAAAAGUGUGUUCACAAAGAACGUCCAAAAUAUGAGUUCCAGAAUAAAUUUCCCGUAAGGCAACUCUCAUUUAAAGAUACAGCUCUCAUUUUUUAAAAAUAAUAAUAAAUACAGAUGCAAAAAUACUUCAUAGUAUCAUCAAAAAAUAUUGUGGCCAGAUUCACACACAUAAGGUUAACCAUCCACACAUAUAUAAGACAACAACAUAAAGAAAAGUGAACUUGUAAAUAUUAGCUAUGACCUUUAACCUCUAAAGUCAGCAACCAUUUUGUUUCUGCUGAUGUGGCACUAUCAGCCAUUUUUAUAUGUUGAGGUAUCACUGGUGGCCAUCUUUUAUACACGGCUGACCAGCAACAAGGAAUACGAACUUUUUUCUUUGAAAUUAUAUUUUCUCUUUGCUUGUGUUGUUCUCCAAGAAAGGGGUUACACUGCAGUGAUUUGGGGAAAAUGGGGGAAAUGGUAUGUCAGAAUUCAUUACUCAUGCAUAUCACAAGCACACACACACACAUUCAUACAUGAAGGGAAGUAGGAAAGGUUCUUGGAGUCAACAAAAAUACCUUGGUACAAAAAUAAAUUAAAAAGCCACCCUGUCACACUCCUUUAGUUUAUUACAGAGCCUGUGACUUUGAAAAUGGGGAACGUCCAGACUCCAGCAACACUCAGGAACACCAUGGAGGGGCUGCUGUUUGAGUUACUAGCCGAGAAAGUGGCUUGUAAGAGACUCUUUCAAAACGUGAUCCCCGUAAAUGUAAAAAUGUUCAACAACUUAAAAUGUAUAACCAAUUUAAUACAUAGAGAUGCUGAUGCUCAAGAAUGGCAAGAGCUGUUCGAUACACAUGUAAAACCACAUAAAACCCUAAAGGACUUUUUAAUGAAUAUAGUAUCAAGUGUUUAAUGAAAUAGACGACCACAUGUUUAUACAUCUAAUUGUUUUGUAUGCUUAUUAUUAUUAUUAUUUAUUUCUUAGCAGACGCCCUUAUCCAGGGUGACUUACAAUUGUUACAAGAUAUCACAUUAUUUUUACAUACAAUUACCCAUUUAUACAGUUGGGAUUUAACUGGAGCAAUUUAGGUAAAGUACCUUGCUCAAGGGUACAGCAGCAGUGUCCCAUACCAGGGAUUGAACCCACAACCCUCCGGUCAAGAGUCCAGAGUCCUAACCACUACGCCACACUGCUGCCCUGAUGUCUGUUUUAAUAACCUGGCUAGGUUUUUAGGAGAUGAGGAUGUAUCAAAAGAAGUACAAAAUGGAAUACUUAGUGACUUACCAUGAAUGUUUGUGUAAAGACUUUAUAAGCCUCUUGAUAAACUGAAUAAACCUUUUGAACUACAGUUGUCUCAGAUGUGUUAUGAUAAACUUUGAAUAAAAACCUUUUGAACUA